AUGGAGAGUGCAGCUCGCCAGAAUGUGACGACUUACGAGGUCUCGUGUUUUUGGGCGAGGCACUGUAUGAGUCAGUCGAGCCACUGCUCGUGUUAUAAAAAGACGAGGUCGGAAGCCCGUGGAUCUUUGGCAGGCCAGUUGGGUCAGUACUCAAGCUGUAGCCCCUCUCCACAGACUCGGCUUCAAGCGGCAAUUCAUCCAGAGUCUGUGUAUGGAGAACACUCACCCGGAAUGCUUGCUGCAGAACACGAAGUGUCUCCCGAGUACGCUUUCUCUUCGUGGCCACUUCAUCUGGUUCCUGCAACAUCUCUUCAAACAAAUUGUCUCUGGACAAGACAUAGCAACGCAUCAGCAUCACUAUCAUUUUUUUUCCUCGAGUCACCCACAAAUUGA